GAUGUCCAUAAAGUGAGUACUACUACCCCCUCCCAGAAUACGAAGUCGGAGCCCAACUGCCCCUCCCUGCCCGCACCCCGCCACGCGCACAACUUGACAGAGCUGUCGAGCUUGGGACGCCGAUCACUGCGAGAGGCUAUUGGAGGGCGGAAAUGAUGAGGAAGAUCAAGUCUAACCGGAAGAACAGUUGGGUGAUGCUCGCUGAGAGCAGCGGGUAUACGCCGCUGCCUGGCGAGCAGACUCUGUACCAGUCCCCGCCCCGGACCACGCUCUCGCUACAGAGCAGCAACGGGAACCCACCGAGCCAGGCGUAUUCGCAACAGUGCAAGUCUGGCGUUGUAUAUCUCACAAACCGGCGGAUCAUAUACCUACCCGUCACCCCGACCUCAGAAUUCCAGUCCUUCGCCGUACCCAUCCUCAACGUCACAGACUCCCGCGUCACAGCCCCGUGGUUCGGAGCGAACAAGUGGGAGGCGAUAAUACAGCCUGUUUACGGCGGAGGCAUACCACCAAAUCAUGACGAGCUGCAGCUCACCAUGGAAUUCAAGGAGGGUGGAGCAUUCGACUUCUCGACCAUCUUCGAGCGGCUAAAAGAACGGCUACGGCAGGCUGUCGAUGUAGCACGGGAGAGUGGGCUAGCAACAGGAGACGGCACCGAGAUGGGCGACGGACGGGGCGGAGGCGCGCUAUCCGGAGUGAACCUAAACUCAGUACAUCUGGAAGAUCUACCGGCAUACGAAGAGUCGCGGCAGCAUGCGAGAGUAGCAGAUCCGCUGCCCAGCCCUCCGAUAGGGAGGGGGAGCGUGGGAGGAGCGUCUUCGUCAUCGGCGAACAGGUCGAGCCCGCUGUCGAGUCCACAUCAAGAGACCUUCCAACCGCCGACAGAACCACCACCAGGGUAUGAGGAGGUACAACAACGGAGCGUUGCGGAUGAGCUGGAGAGGAGGCUGCGGAUCCCAAGGCGGUUUGAUGACAACGACUGAGCCUGCUGCUUCGGCUUGUUUCUCUUCAAAAGCAAGGCGUUCAUGGAAGGCUCUGCAUCGCUUUUGGUGACUCCUCUGACCAUGUA